AUGGAACCGGAGAUAACACUCCUUUGCAACCCUGAGGACGACAGUAUCUUCCCGUCACCUGGAACUCACGCAAACCCAAUGGAAAUUGCCAGCUUCGACGAGCAUAGUGCUGGGUCGAGCUCAAUCCCGAUUGAUAUAGGUGAAAUGUGCGACUAUCCGAUGGCCGCUUCAGAGGCUCUGAGCUCAUUGGCUAUAAACACCAAGCAAGACUCGGGAUCUCCCAAAAGCGUUUCAAAAUCGGAAUGGCGAUUUGAAGAAGCAGAAAUGCCUUCAAUCAGUAUGACGGAUGUUGCUUCGGACGGGCUGUAUUACUGCCAGCGGGAAACGUGUCGCGAUCGGAAGGGUUUCCAGCAGAAGGGAGUUUUUCGGUGA